CUGCAGGUGUGUGCACACACACGUACACACAAACACACACGUACACACACACACACACACACACACGUACACACACACACACACACGUACACACACACACACACACGUAAACACACACACACACGUACACACGCACACACACACACACUCACACACACACACACCGUCGCCGUCUGGGACGCGCACACCGGCGCGUGCACCCGCGCGCUGCAGGUGUGUGCACACACACGUACACACACACACACACACACGUACACACACACACACACACGUACGUACACACACACACACACACACACACACACACACCCCGUCGCCGUCUGGGACGCGCACACCGGCGCGCGCACCCGCGCGCUGCAGGUGUGUGCACACACACGUACACAAACACACACACACACACACACACACACACACAGAGUCUGGGACGCGCACACCGGCGCGCGCACCUGCGCGCUGCAGGUGUGUGCACACACACGUACACACACACACACACGUACACACACACACACACGUACACACACACACACGUACACACACACACACACACGUACACACACACACACACCGUCGCCGUCUGGGACGCGCACACCGGCGCGCGCACCCGCGCGCUGCAGGUGUGUGCGCACACACGUACACACACACACACACGUACACACACACACACACGUACACACACACACGUACACACACACACACACACGUACACACACACACACACACCGUCGCCGUCUGGGACGCGCACACCGGCGCGCGCACUCGCGCGCUGCAGGUGUGUGCACACACACGUACACACACACACACACACACACACACACACACACACACACACCGUCGCCGUCUGGGACGCGCACACCGGCGCGCGCACCCGCGCGCUGCAGGUGUGUGCACACACACGUACACACACACACACACGUACACACACACACACACGUACACACACACACACACGUACACACACACACACACGUACACACACACACACACACCGUCGCCGUCUGGGACGCGCACACCGGCGCGCGCACCCGCGCGCUGCAGGUGUGUGCGCACACACGUACACACACACACACACGUACACACACACACACACGUACACACACACACACGUACACACACACACACACGUACACACACACACACACACCGUCGCCGUCUGGGACGCGCACACCGGCGCGCGCACUCGCGCGCUGCAGGUGUGUGUGCGCACACACGUACACACACACACACACGUACACACACACACACACGUACACACACACACACGUACACACACACACACACGUGUGUGCGCACACACACGUACACACACACACACACACACACACACACACACACACACACCGUCGCUGUCUGGGACGCGCACACCGGCGCGCGCACCCGCGCGCUGCAGGUGUGUGCACACACACGUACACACACACACACACACACACGUACACACACACACGUACACACACACACACACGUACACACACACACACGCACACACACACACACACGUACACACACACACACGCACACACACACACACCGUCGCCGUCUGGGACGCGCACACCGGCGCGCGCACCCGCGCGCUGCAGGUACUGCGAACUCGAAAGGUCGUGGGUUCGAAUCCGCCAUUCGACUACUGUCGUGAACCACUUCUAA